AUGGCUGAGGCUUGCGAGGAGAAGAAAAAGUUUCUCACGACUUCCAUAGACAAGAAGGACUAUAGUAGGACCUUGCUGGUCGAUGAUGGCAGUACCGAGGGAGCCCGAUCUGUCGCUUCCUUCAGAUUAACUCCCCGUCGCGACCGUCGCGACUCACGUUCUCCUCGGAGGGAUCGAUCUCCUCGCCGUGAUUCACCUCGUCCUUCCCGAGAUGAUUUUAGUAACGAGCCAAUCAAGAACUUGGUUCGCCGAAAGAGAGACAAGUCCUCUCGCAGUGAUCCUUCCCCGCAGAGGGAAAAGUCAAGGGCCCGGACUGACCGCUCACCUCGGUCAUCCCCUCCUUCUGAACCAAUGGGUCCUCCGCGACCGGUUGAUAUGUCCUCCUCUUCCCAGCCUGAUAGUGGGAAGACCGCCCGGACAUUACUGGAGACUAGUAGUCUCACUACAAGCAUUUCAGUUAUCCGCAUGAGCGGUCUCGUCGACAUCGUUUACAAAGUUGGAAGCUUCGAGGGGUUCGACAUAUAUGAGCCUAAUGCCCCUUUGAUCUACAUCUGUAACAAAUGCUUUCACGCUUUUGAGCGUUACGUCCUUGGGAUUCUUUUCCUUUUGAACUUUGAUCAGGUCGAACCCAUGUAUAAGACUUUCUGCUUUAUGGGUUAA